AUGCCUCAUUAUACGCCUUCCUCUCCAUCUCCAUCUCAGACUCCACAUCCCCGUUCAUCGUCCUGUUCCCGAUGUAACACUUCUACGAAUACCCAGAAGGGACGCCAACGGCCUCGAUCACCAUCACACUCAGAUAAAAGGAAAGACGCAUUAAAAACAUCUUUAGUCUUUCUCGGUGCUGUCGGAGCUGCCUCGCUAGCUGCCUCCAAGCUUUGGCCCAAGGGCAUACUUUACGGUGAAAAAGAAUCGUGGGCACAGGAAGCAAAAGAGGAAGUUAAGCAUGCUCUAGGUGGAAACAAGCCAGACAACAAAGAAAACCGGAGAAGAACUCGGAGCGUUGGUCAUGGUAGCGGGGGCUCAAGACGCCAGCAACUGCCUCGGGUUGAAAUGCGAGACGAAAUCGUCGCCGAGAGACCCGGUCAUCGUAGUAUGUACAGAUGA